UUUGCUCUGUGGACGCAGUGCAAAAGAGGAAGGCAUAUAAGGGAGAGUGAUGAGAAAGCAGACGACCUAAAAGAGCAUAAUAAAAUAAUAAUAAUAAUAAUUGUAAUGGCCACUAUGGCCGUUCCUGCGACUCUCCCGGUUCACUCUGGGACUUCUGCGGUGUCCACGAAACUCUUCAGAACCGACCCGUUCUUCUCGAGUCCGGCGGACUCUCCGCGACUGAGCAACUCACUGAACGCGACGCUUCAGAGCGGCGCAGCGACAAACGAAUGCAACAUCGUGGAGGUGCACGGGGUGAAAGUGGCUUCUUUCAACGUUGACGGACGCGAGCUUAUUUGUCUCCCGCAAGUCUUCGACCUUUUCUUGAAGCACCUUGUCGGCGGACUGCACACCGUGUACACGAAACUCAAGCGUUUGGAUAUAAACCCGGUGGUGUGCACCGUGGAGCAGGUGCGCGUAUUGCGCGGACUCGGUGCUAUCCAGCCCGGCGUGAACCGCUGCAAACUCAUUUCCAGAAAGGAUUUUGAAGCGUUGUACAACGACUGUACCAGCGCAAGCUCUCGUCCAGGCCGCCCACCGAAGCGUUCCUAUAGGGCCGGUGUGCAAGAAAGCCCCAGAAUCCUCCACCAAAGAGCAAACAGCUUUCUGUCUCCAGCCCUGCUGUCACCCACAGGUCUAACAACAGCUGCGAUGGCUGAAGCUUUGAAGAUACAGAAGAUGAAGAUGAUGAUGAUGAAUCUACACAAUACCCACAAUGGCUCAGAAUUCGAUUCAGAUGAGUUCAACUCUAAUACAGGUACAGUAUGUAGCGCUUUGUCCUGGGAGAGAGAGAAACAUCCAUCACCUGCUUCAGAGAAAACUCAGCACAGCUUGAACAACUCUCAGCUCAACUCUCUCCAACACACCCAUCUACUGGCCAACAGACUGGACCUGCCCUUCAUGAUGAUGCCCCAUCCCCUGCUUCCUGUUGGACUUCCUCCUGCCUCUGUUGCCAUGGCAAUGAACCAGAUGAACCACCUUAAUACAAUUGCCAACAUGGUUGCCAGUGCACAGGUGUACAGCCCCGUCUCCAGGCCGACAUCUGCCAUCAAGCAGGAGUGUUUUGAAGAGAGUCCCUCUGUGACACCAUCUGUAGAUGGGACUGUUCCUCAGAAAACUGAACCCUCACCUCAACAAACCAGUUCACUUCCCAGCAGCCCCACACAGCCUUACACACUCUCUCCUCAAAAAACAACAUACAAUGUUCAUGAUGAACAAAGGGAGACAGACUCAACUCUGCAUAUGAGCAGACUUUCCAACGACAGGGUUGAACAAAAUGCACCGAUACCAACAAUCUUUGAGAAGGUCCCAACUCAAUCAUUGUCCUCUGGCUUCCCUGCUUCCCUUCUUUUCACAGAUGGCCUCUCCUCUGUCGAGAUGCUGCUCACUAAUGUCCAGGGUCUGCUAAAGGUGGCUUUAGAGAACGCCCGUGUGCAGGAGAAACAGCUUCAGCAGGAGCGGAGAGAGCUCAAGAUGGAGCUGUACAGAGAGAGAGAGAUGAGAGAGUGUCUAGAGAGGCAGCUCACCUCUGAGCUACACAGUCGAGCCACCAUUCAGAGACGUCUGAAGAAGGAGAAGAAGGCAAAGAGGAGGUUACAGGAGGCACUGGAAUAUGAGUCCAAGCGGAGAGGGCAGAUCGAGCAGGCACUACAGCAGGCCACCACAUCAGACUCUCUCAUACACGAUCCAAUGAGUCUGGACAUGGAGACGGAGCAAUGCAGAAGCCCGGAGGACAACUGCUUGUUACAAGAAAGCAGAACAUACACAAACAAUCCAAUAAUGUACUAAGAGGAGGUCGACAAGGAUGUUCUCCACAAUACACACAAAAACAGUCAACUUCUCGAAUGCAGUUCAAUUGAAGAGAGGACUUUAUGCAAUGAGCUACAUUGGAGCAGAUCUUCUCUUUGACCCAAUCGAAUUCUCCAUCCAAUCUAAUUCUCAUCCUCACAACAUUCCAGAUUCCACAAAUGUUGUUUUCUCUACAUAAUUCCGUUUCAGCUCUUCUGACAUUAUGCCUUCAGGACAGUGACCUUCAGUUUAAUGCCCUCAGGACAGGCUGAGAAAAAUGUAAAAAAGGAGGAAAAGAGAUGCAUCUGGCUUGUUUCAUUCUUGCUGAAAGACUCUGAAGAGUGUGGAAUGUUAUAUUUUGUUGCUUUUCUCUUAUAUGUCCAUCUUCUGGUUCUUCAAGCCAUUUAUCUCUCUUUGUAGGCCAAUUUAGUUUCUUAAUACUGUUUAAAAUGUUCACCUUUUCUUCAGUUUGAGCAACUAUGUGUGGUAGUUUUCUUACGUUAUUUUAUUGGCUUUGAGUCAGAAGGGAAAGCUACUGAAUGUGUUUGAAUCUCUCAGAAUGAGAAAUACAGUAUUACCACCACCUCACUCAUUCAAAUGUUUCAACAGAUGAAAGUUUCGCCCAUCAUAUUUUAAGGAGAUCUUUGGUUUAUCGAAACCUGUGGAUACUGUAGAUGUGGUUUCAUGUUCCCAAGCAUUUACAGGGAUUUGAUUCACUAACCAUUUUAGCAGAAGCUAAAACUAGACACUAAGACAGCAGAGGAUAUUUUCUUAUGCAUUUGGCAUUUUCCCCAACACACGAGUCUUUAUUUAGUCUGUGAGUUACUUAAAGAGGAAAACAGACUUCCCGCAGAACAGAAUUCCCUGAUGGUGUUGUCAGGAUGAGGCAUCCAUCCUAUAGGCAUUCGAAUGCUAAAUGAUGUCUUGAAAGGUCUAGAUCGAUGUCUGUCACCAUUUUGUGCGCCAGAACGAACUGACAACACAAAUAAACAAAGCAUUGC